UUGUCACUUUUUUUUGUCAGUGUCUCCUGUGUUUUGUUGCAAAAAGUUUGUUGAUCUUUGAAUAAAUUUUUUAAAAAUUUCAUUACAAUGGAUGAGUCUGGCUUUGAGAUAUGCCGGACUUGCCUCCGAUAUUCCAAGGAAAUGCAGAAUCUUUAUAAAGAUGUUGAGAUUUUCGAGAGACAAGAAGAAUUAACAGUUUUCCUAAAAGAAUUGACAAAUCUUCAGUGUGUCCAGGAAGAUGGACUACCGGUUUCCAUCUGCCAGGAAUGUCUACGAAGGCUCUCAGAUGCAAUUUCAUUCAAGACCAUGUGCUUGAGUUCCGAUAACAUCCUUAGAGGAAAUAAUGAGAUCAAUGAGAUAAAGAUCGAAGAAAUCCUCCUCGAGGAACCGCAAAUGAUUCCGGAAGUCAAAGCAAAUCCGAAUUAUCAGAUAGUUACAAGAUCAAAUAGGGGAAAAUUUGAUUUGUUUAAUCUCAAGAUUAAGGAAGAAGUUCCAGAUGUUGAAGACACAGAAGGAGACACAAAUAAAAAGCCUCCUGAUCUCAAGAACAAAUGCGAAAAUGGGAAUGUAGAUACACAGAAUCAGGAGGAUAUGGAAGUGGUGAAGACUGAAGCGAAUGUUGAAGUAUUUGAGGAUGAGAUGAAAUGGUGGGGAAGUGAUGGUAAACCCAUUGAGAAUGAUGAAGAGGAAGAAGAAAUUCCCGAGAAGGUUACUCCCGAAAAGCUUAUUGCCAAGAAGCUUACAAAUUCAUCAAAGAAAGCGAAGGUGCAGAAAAAGGAGCCAAAAUGCGAAGAUCCUGAUUACCUGCCCUCAAAUGAGAAGAAACCUACAAACUCAUCAAAGAAAGCGAAGGUGCAGAAAAAGGAGGAAAAGUGUAAGAGGCGCAGGAAGCGCAAGAACUACAAUAAGCCCCACAUGUGCCCUAUAUGUGGAAAGGUUAUAAUGUGUAAUCUUAAAGUACACAUAACUACUCAUUCUGAUGAGAGACCCUUUGAAUGCGCUCACUGUGGGAAGAAGUUUAAGAAUAAACUUUAUCUAAAGACGCAUAUUGGAGUUCAUAAGACCGACAAUCCCUACAAAUGUACGUUUUGCCCUGAGCAAUUACCCACAAAAAACAAAUUGGAUAUCCACGUGAGGAGUCAUACGGGUGAAAGGCCUUUCCUGUGCACAAUCUGUGGAAAGGGCUUUACGCGAAGAAGUGACCUGAAUAUUCAUGUGAGCAGCCAUACCAACGAAAGGCUAUUUGAAUGUGAAAUUUGCAAGAAAACUUAUAAAACGAAAGGAGCUCGUAAUAUUCAUAGGAAGACUCACACCAAUCAAACGCCGCGCUUUGAAUGUGCUGAGUGUGGAAGAAAGUUCUUCAGAAGACAACUCUAUACGCAACAUCUUCGUACUCACACCAAGGAGCGGCCAUAUGAAUGCAAUUUUUGCCAUAAGACCUUCAAUGCUCCGCACAUCCUGAAGCGUCAUACUCUUCUCCAUACAGGCGAGAAGAAGUUCAAAUGCACCAUCUGUCCAGUUGGCUACAUCCAAAAACAGGAUUUCAUACGUCACAUGGCCAAGCACAAACAGGAGGAGGAGGGAAAGAAUCGAGGUUAAUCUUUCUGAAAUCAGAACUGUAUAUUUCCUGAAGUAAAUUAUUGAAUUUCAAGAUA